GCGGGCCCGCUCUGUCCCCCGCCACCGCCUCUCGGUUGCCGGAAGCGACCUUCGACCCCUGACGCCGCGGGGCGGAAGCGGCGCCGGGAAACAUGGCCAAGUACCUGGCGCAGAUCAUCCUGGUGGGCGCGCAGGUGGUGGGACGCGCCUUCAUGCGUGCGCUGCGCCAGGAGUUCGCAGCGAGCCGAGCAGCGGCAGAUGCACGAGGGCGCUCAGAGAGGCCUCAGUCCGCCGCUGCCUCCAGGAUCAUUGGCAUCAGCCUCCAGGAAGCUCAGCAGAUCCUCAACAUCUCCAGCCUGAAUCCAGAGGAGAUCCAGAAGAACUAUGAGCACUUGUUCAAGGUGAACGACAAGUCAGUGGGAGGCUCCUUCUACCUGCAGUCCAAGGUGGUGAGAGCCAAGGAGCGGCUGGACGAGGAGCUGCGCAUCCAGGCCAAGGCCGAGGAGAAGGGGCGGAAGGCCGAGACGUGAGCAGGGCGGCCUCGAGCGCCACAGCCCUCACCCUUAACUUAUACACAGCCAAUAAACACCGUGUGCUCCCUG